AUGGGGGGCACGUGGGUCUUUUCUCGAACAGCUGUGGGGUUCGAAGUUCCACUCUCCAAAACGUGUCAAUCACAGGCAGACGGUCAUAGUUUGAUGUAAGUUGAAUGCAUGUUUAUUUUUGAUCUUUCGUUGUCUAUUUUUCAAUUCAGCCAGUUAUUUCUGAAUUUGGUAUUUUAGAGUUAGAUCGAUGCAACCCCUAUUGCUAAACUGAGCUAGCUAACGUUAAUGUUUCACCACAGAUAUAACCAUAUAUAUCCGGCGUCACCAAAAAACGUUUCCGUCAGCAAAAGGAUAUGUACAAUUUCUAGGAUUCUCUUCAUUUACCAGACAAAGUGAAAUGUGGCACUGGCUAACAAAUAAAUGUCCGAAUCCAACUUUUGUCCAAACAACACCAAAUGAUUGUGAAGUUAGACAGCGGGCUGCCAUUAGACCACGCACUUCAUGCGAGACUUAGUUCCUACCACUCUUACACAGCAGGAAUAUGGAGCGGUUUGGACAAAAGUUGGAUUCAAAUCUAUAUUUGAUAGCGAGGGACACAUUUCACUUUACGUCUGGUAAGUGGAGUUCUUAGAGAUGAUACAUAUGCUUUUGUUGACAGGAAAGCCGGCUAUUUUGUGGUAGGGUUAUUUUCAGUCGCCACCCACCAGCUCAGGGAGUCCAACCAAGGCUACAUUCGUAAAUUCACUCUGGCUAUCUACUCCGAUUUCAGAGCACUCUCGUCUGAGUGUGCCAGAGCGCAGAAUAAUUGAUGCAUUUACGAACACGCAACACCCGUUGAAUAUGACUGGUGUCAGUAAACGUCUACAAAAAACGUAAUUCAGUUGUUGCCAGCAACACAGUUACAGCAACCAACGCUCUAGAUAACAUGAAAACAGCCUAACCAUCUCUGCUAGGGCGAGUAAAAUGGUUAGAGUGAGGUAUAAUCUAAUUUGUGUCUGGAAGUAGCUAGCCAACUUUAGCCAGUUAGCUUGGGUGCUUGACUGCCGGUGUGAGGUCAGAGCGCUCGGAUCAACCCUACUCCUCUACCAGAGUGUCCAGUGUGCGCUCUGAACGCUCCAAGAGCUAAACGCGCUGAAUUUACGAACAGACAAUCUGACAAAGCUCUGAAUUUACGAACGCCCGGAGCGCAUUCUGGCACUCCAGAGUGAAUUUACGAACACACCCCAAUACAGACUCCCGAUGUUGUGUCCCAAAGCUAGCUAGUCCCGUCAUUAACUGUCAUUUCAAACAUAAAUGAAUAGAACAACAUUUAAAUGCUGACCAAGUGUCAAAGUAGAGUAGAGGCUGUGAAGGCAUGUAAGUAACAAGAAUGUCCCUAGUCCCAGCCAGAACUGUCUUGGACAGAACCACAACAUUUUGAAAAUUGGAGAAUGUCAUGCAAAGUCACUGGCUUCCAUCAAAACAACCCCAUCAUUGUCCCAAACCAUUAUAAUCUAUCAAGUGACUGAUCUGUUCAGAUAUCAGUCAGACACAUUUUACUGUAAGUGCACCCUUCAUUAUAUAUGUGAAUAUCAGUCCCAAAAGAAAACCAUGCAGUGCACUGCUGGCAUCAGUUAUUGCCAUAUCAGCAUAUUCCUUUAAUAGCCUCUAAAGGUCUAAGCUGUUGUACUAAGCAAACAAUGGAAUUGUUUUAAGAUGGUCAUACCAUGGAUCAUUCAGCUAUUUGAUUUAUAAUUUUAGGAUCCUGUUAGGUAUCAGAAAAAAAUAUUUGUAAAUGAUUUGAUAAAAUAUUGAAUUUGGACUUUACUACUAUAGCCCAUAGCAUCCACACAUUGAAUAACACAUUCAUAAAUGUAAGAAAAUACAGUAAAACAUUUCAUCAUAAGGAAUAAGGUUUUGAAAUGUGUGUCCUAUAUCUAGGAGAUAUAAGAAAGAUCAGAAAAUAUUGUAGUUUUUUUGGACACAUAACCCCUUAUUUCUGUUGGCACAAAACUACCUCCAUACUUCCAUUUGUUUGUAUGGGUUACCUUCAGAUGAGUCCGGUGACACAGAGAACACCAUGGUGUUUGUGAGAGUCUCCCCUUUCCAUAGAGUGGUCAUAAUAGUUUGUAGGCCAAACUGUUCAUGCCAAACACUGCUGUAGCUCGGCCACCUUCCACCAUAGAUGCUGAAGGCCGACAUAGGCGGAUGCGGUGGAUUGAGACGCAGCCCAUGCUAGAAACCUGACAUCUCUAGCUUAAACUGACAGACUUUGAUGUGGCUUUUUCUUAUGUUACUUAGAUUGAUAGACUCUUACGGAUUUGAAGUGCCAAAAACACUUUGGGCAAGCACUGUAAACAAUAAACAUAUUGUUUGCAUUAUUGCUAAAAAAUCCUACUCCCAUUCAGUAAGGGACGGGUUAUACUAGGGCUAUUGGGCUGGACGACCAACUGGUGCUGAGACUGACUCCUUUGACCGCAUCCACGUAUUUCAACACCAAUGCCUACUGAGUGAUGACAUUAUGACGGCAAGAAAGCCAGCCAGCGAGAGAGUGAUGGAAAGGCCAAAGCCGCAGUUCAAAGCUGUUCCUAAUAUCUGUCCCUUAUAAGAAAAAGCCUUGGUCCCUUUUAAAGUGUUCAGAUCUAUGCUGGCCUGCUGUGGCCCACACUGUUCUCAUUGCCUCACAAGCAGCCUGGUGUUUCCAUCUCAUCUACACACACACACCCCUCACAGUGGAGACUAAGGGUGCGUUCGUAAAUUCACUCUGGAUGCUCUGCCCUGAAAUGCGAGCGCUCUGGUUCGAGCGUCUAGAGCGCUUGAUAAUGAGGAAUUUACGAACGGACAAUCUGACAACGCUCUGAAUUUACAAACGCCCAGAGCGCACUCUGAACACUCUCUGCCACUCCAGAGUGAAUUUACGAACGCACUCUUAAGUGACCCUGGUACACUAGAUCAUGCCUAGAUCCUCUAUCUGUUUUUCUUCCUCCACCACCAGCUGUUUCCCUUUAGUUAACACUAUCAACGUUUCGUCCUACUGUGGCAAACUGGGAACGGCUGGUGGUGAGGGAAGAAAAACAGAUAGAGAAUCUAGGCUUACUUCUACUACCACACAACGCCUUGGUGCUUCUGUUGUCGCUGUUCCCCAAAGAGAGAUGAAAGGGUACACAUACUUUUGAGGUCUCUUGCUUUUUAUGCUUUUCUCACUAUCACCCAACUGGGAAAACCUGGAGCUAGAUCCUACUUGGACUAGGCCUAUCACCCAACUGGGAAAACAGAGCUAUCUCCUACUUGUACUAGGCCUAUCACCCAACUGGGAAAACGGAGCUAGCUCCUACUUGUACUAGGCCUAUCACCCAACUGGGAAAACGGAGCUAGCUCCUACUUGUACUAGGCCUAUCACCCAACUGGGAAAACGGAGCUAGAUCCUACUUGUACUAGGCCUAUCACCUAACUGGGAAAACGGAGCUAUAUCCUACUUGUACUAGGCCUAUCACCCAACUGGGAAAACGGAGCUAGCUCCUACUUGUACUAGGCCUAUCACCUAACUGGGAAAACGGAGCUAGCUCCUACUUGUACUAGGCCUAUCACCCAACUGGGAAAACUGAGCUAUAUCCUACUUGUACUAGGCCUAUCACCUAACUGGGAAAACUGAGCUAUAUCCUACUUGUACUAGGCCUAUCACCUAACUGGGAAAACGGAGCUAUAUCCUACUUGUACUAGGCCUAUCACCCAACUGGGAAAACGGAGCUAGCUCCUACUUGUACUAGGCCUAUCACCUAACUGGGAAAACGGAGCUAGCUCCUACUUGUACUAGGCCUAUCACCCAACUGGGAAAACUGAGCUAUAUCCUACUUGUACUAGGCCUAUCACCUAACUGGGAAAACUGAGCUAUAUCCUACUUGUACUAGGCCUAUCACCCAACUGGGAAUAGUGGGUGGUGGUAGUGCAGGAAAACUGAGCUAUGUCCUACUUGUACAAGGCCUAUCACCCAUUGCCUGGGUUGUUCCUCGAAGAUGGUCCUGCGUCUGUUGUGUUGUCACUGUCCCCCUAAAUAAGGUGAAAAGAAAAACAGACUUUAGGGAUGAAUCAAACAUUUAUUUUGCAUGUCGUCUCUUAUACCUUCCCAUAGAGAAUUGGAACAAGGUACGGUUCAACAUCAGACUAGGCUAUAUUAUAUUGGCCACCAGCUGAGCAAUAAGUUAUUCAUCAUUCUGUAUUUUCUGAUGUAAGGAAGCAUUUCACUGUUAGUCUACACCUGUUGUUUACAAAGCAUGUGACAAAUAACAUUUGAUUUGAUAUUAAUAGGACACCAGUCAUAUAGUAAAUGCCGAAGGGAAGGGGAUAUGAAUUGACAGCUGCUAUCUGUCUGUCACCUGAGUACCAAUCUCCCCUAGUCCUCUUUAGCUUCACUCUACAUCCCACCCUCCCAAUAGUAGGCUAUUACUGGUAGUGAUACUAUUACUGGUACUGAUACUAUUACUGGUAGUGAUACUAUUACUGGUACUGAUGCUAUUACUGGUACUGAUGCUAUUACUGGUACUGAUACUAUUACUGGUAGUGAUACUAUUACUGGUACUGAUGCUAUUACUGGUAGUGAUACUAUUACUGGUAGUGAUACUAUUACUGGUAGUGAUACUAUUACUGGUACUGAUGCUAUUACUGAUACUAUUACUGGUAGUGAUACUAUUACUGGUAGUGAUGCUAUUACUGGUACUGAUGCUAUUACUAUUACUGGUAGUGAUACUAUUACUGGUAGUGAUACUAUUACUGGUGGUGAUACUAUUACUGGUACUGAUACUAUUACUGGUACUGAUAAUAUUACUGGUAGUGAUACUGGUACUGAUACUAUUACUGGUAGUGAUACUAUUACUGGUAGUGAUACUAUUACUGGUACUGAUGCUAUUACUGGUACUGAUACUAUUACUGGUGGUGAUACUAUUACUGGUACUGAUGCUAUUACUGGUACUGAUAAUAUUACUGGUAGUGAUACUGGUACUGAUACUAUUACUGGUAGUGAUACUAUUACUGGUAGUGAUACUAUUACUGGUGGUGAUACUAUUACUGGUACUGAUACUAUUACUGGUACUGAUACUAUUACUGGUACUGAUACUAUUACUGCUACUGAUACUAUUACUGGUAGUGGUACUACGUUAGCUGAUUUUCCAUGGCAACAAGGAAAACACAAAGCAGACUAAACUCUGUGGUCCUACUGAAUGUCAAAUAUUGUGUGCUAUAGCCUGGAAAAGAAACAUGUGAUUCUGGGUGACAACUUAAAGCUGCUUGUUUCCAACAUUAGGACUGUUUUCCUCAGGAAAUUCAAUCCGCUUCAUGUUCUGUUUCUUUGCCAUGAUACCUCUGAGUAUCGCGAUACUGGUGUCGUGACAACCGUAGGUAGUGGAGUGUUCAAUGUUUCAGUUGCAGAGUAGAAGUGGUUUUGGAACCAGGCCUAUACAGGCUUCUAUAGACUUUGAGUUGGAAGUGAUGAUUGUUAUGUUUUAUCCUCUCAACCAAUGUGCCCGCGAGCAGCUCACCUCGGACUGCCGCGCAGAAGAAAUACGAGCCCGCGCAGAGAAGCACGUGGUUGAACUUCACUCAACUUUCUACAGUUUUCCCCUUUAGUUAACACUAUCAACAUUUCAUUCUACUGUGGUAAUUGUGAUCGGAUCAACGCAAUAUUAACCACUUUCAAUGUAAUAUACCGAAACAAAGCGAGCUAUGCAAGAUUUGGUAUGCAUAACGAACUGUGCAAGAGAUUUUCUUGUCGGCAGAGCGCAUUGACAGGCACGACUCAGGCCCGUAUUCUACACAGACCGGUGCACCAUAACCAAUCAGAGCUGCAGUAGGCCUAUAUGCAAAUAGCCAUUGCCAUAUAUGGAUCUGUGCCAUUCACUUUGAACUGGACUGUGUUUAGGCUACAGUAUGAGUGGUUGGGAGGUCAAAGUGAGAGCUGCAUGUAGCCACUUGUGCACAUUUGUUCAUAUCCUUUGCUAGUUAGUGAGUUAUUAGCCCAGUUAUAGAUCAUUUCUAGUCAACAAUGGGGGAGUGAUUGCUUCCUACAAGAGCACAAAACAUCUUUGAAAAGCGAUUCAGGUAAAGAGCUUUUUUAUGUCUUAAAGGGGAAGUGUUGUAUUUUGAGACAGUCUAGAAUAAACUAAGUAGCCAAUAGGCAGAGGGUAGCAUAAUUUGUCUGAUUCUCUGUAACUAAGGUUUGGGAAUAAUAAUGCAUUUUAUUUUGUAUAGUGGUUUCUUGCGUCAAACAACAUUUUCAGUCACCUCAAGCUCUCAACGCAGUUUUAUUUCUUAGAGGCUACCUUAUGAAUUGUAUGAUAACAUCCAGAGCCAGUUAUGAUCAACUCCUCUAUUAAGCUAUCAGCUCUGCAGUGUUGUCCAAUGUCAAUCUAGCGAUACUGAUCCCUGGGGGACUCCUUGUUUCAGGCAGCCUGCCUGGAGGCCCGUCCUGUGGUCUGGGCUGCUGUCAGAGGUGGCUCGGCAAGGCCCCACAGCCCCAGCCCCUGGGCUCAUUUUCAGGAGUUAUGCAAAUUAAAACAGCCCUAUUGUGGUGCUCGUAAAUUCUUCCACCACAGGGCCCAGUUAAAUCGAUUCCGAGCCUUCAAGCAAACAAACUUCUUUGAUCCCCUAUAUUAUCAACUCCAGCUCUUUUUGUGUUUCUAAUUUCCUCAUCCCUGAUAUUUUUUGUUUUCAUCUCACUCCAUCUGUUGUUUCCCAGCACCACCCUGUACUAAGCCUAUGUGUACAACGUUUUCUUCUCCUCCCUUUUCGCCUGAGCCCUUGUAGAAUUCCCCCUCUCUUUUUAUUUCCUUUGUCAACGGGAGAGGAUUGCCAAAGCCUGUACAUGUCCAAGGCACAUUUCACAUUACAAGAAAAGCCCUAACUGUCGUCCAGCUGCGUUUUGGUUGAGUGGCACAAGGCUGUCGUUUGAUCCCUUUUUGAACUCUAAAAGUAGCCCUAAAACCAAACACACACAUCGCCGAUGAUGUCUGUAAUGUGAUUUGCCCAUUUGUGCCUAUAAAGGAAGAAAAAAACGGAGCAAACACCAAAAAGAGAUAAAAAACAACAACAACAGGUUAUUUCAUUUAAUGUCAUAUGGUUUGGCUUUUUUGCCGUGUCAUUGAAGAAUUCGGUUUGACCAAGUUGACCUGGAGUUUGUCAAUACAUUUAUUUGGUUUACAGACUCGGCGCUGAGAAGAAACAGCAACCUCCUUCCGAAUCCCCAGAGAGAGGGAAUGAUAGAGGGAGGGGGGUGAAAAGAAGGGAUGAGCUAAUUUAUCGACUCAUUUUCAUCACCUAACCAAACCUACAUGUACAUAGUACUUCAAUCAAUCAAUCACCUAAACAAACCUACAUGUACAUAGUACUUCAAUCAAUCAAUCACCUAACCAAACCUACAUAGUACCUCAAUCAAUCAAUCACCUAAACAAACCUACAUGUACAUAGUACUUCAAUCAAUCAAUCACCGAACCAAACCUACAUAGUACCUCAAUCAAUCAAUCACCUAACCAAACCUACAUGUACAUAGUACUUCAAUCAAUCAAUCACCUAACCAAACCUACAUAGUACUUCAAUCAAUCAAUCAAUCACCUAACCAAACCUACAUGUACAGUGAGGGAAAAAAGUAUUUGAUCCCCUGCUGAUUUUGUACGUUUGCCCACUGACAAAGAAAUGAUCAGUCUAUAAUUUUAAUGGUAGUUUUAUUUGAACAGUGAGAGACAGAAUAACAACAACAAAAAUCCAGAAAAACGCAUGUCAAAAAUGUUAUAAAUUGAUUUGCAUUUUAAUGAGGGAAAUAAGUAUUUGACCCCUCUGCAAAACAUGACAUGAGGUCAGACGUUUCUUGUAGUUGGCCACCAGGUUUGCACACAUCUCAGGAGGGAUUUUGUCCCACUCCUCUUUGCAGAUCUUCUCCAAGUCAUUAAGGUUUCGAGGCUGACGUUUGGCAACUCGAACCUUCAGCUCCCUCCACAGAUUUUCUAUGGGAUUAAGGUCUGGAGACUGGCUAGGCCACUUCAGGACCUUAAUGUGCUUCUUCUUGAGCCACUCCUUUGCUGCCUUGGCCGUGUGUUUUGGGUCAUUGUCAUGCUGGAAUACCCAUCCACGACCCAUUUUCAAUGCCCUGGCUGAGGGAAGGAGGUUCUCACCCAAGAUUUGACGGUACUUGGCCCCGUCCAUCGUCCCUUUGAUGCGGUGAAGUUGUCCUGUCCCCUUAGCAGAAAAACACCCCCAAAGCAUAAUGUUUCCACCUCCAUGUUUGAUGGUGUUUUUGGGGUCAUAGGCAGCAUUCCUCCUCCUCCAAACACGGCGAGUUGAGUUGAUGCCAAAGAGCUCCAUUUUGGUCUCAUCUGACCACAACACUUUCAACCAGUUCUCCUCUAAAUCAUUCAGAUGUUCAUUGGCAAACUUCAGAUGGGCAUGUAUAUGUGCUUUCUUGAGCAGGGGGACCUUGCGGGCACUGCAGGAUUUCAGUCCUUCACGGCGUAGUGUGUUACCAAUUGUUUUCUUGGUGACUAUGGUCCCAGCUGCCUUGAGAUCAUUGACAAGAUCCUCCCGUGUAGUUCUGGGCUGAUUCCUCACCGUUCUCAUGAUCAUUGCAACUCCACGAGGUGAUCUUGCAUGGAGCCCCAGGCCGAGGGAGAUUGACAGUUCUUUUGUGUUUCUUCCAUUUGCGAAUAAUCACACCAACUGUUGUCACCUUCUCACCAAGCUGCUUGGCGAUGGUCUUGUAGCCCAUUCCAGCCUUGUGUAGGUCUACAAUCUUGUCCCUGACAUCCUUGGAGAGCUCUUUGGUCUUGGCCAUGGUGGAGAGUUUGGAAUCUGAUUGAUUGAUUGCUUCUGUGGACAGGUGUCUUUUAUACAGGUAACAAGCUGAGAUUAGGAGCACUCCCUUUAAGAGUGUGCUCCUAAUCUCAGCUCAUUACCUGGGAGCCAGAAAUCUUUCUGAUUGAGAGGGGGUCAAAUACUUAUUUCCCUCAUUAAAAUGCAAAUCAAUUUAUAACAUUUUUGACAUGCGUUUUUCUGGAUUUUGUUGAUGUUAUUCUGUCUCUCACUGUUCAAAUAAACCUACCAUUAAAAUUAUAGACUGAUCAUUUCUUUGUCAGUGGGCAAACGUACAAAACCAGCAGGGGAUCAAAUACUUUUUUCCCUCACUGUACAUAGUACUUCAAUCAAUCAAUCACCUAACCAAACCUACAUGUACAUAGUACUUCAAUCAAUCAAUCACCUAACCAAACCUACAUGUACAUAGUACUUCAAUCAAUCAAUCACCUAACCAAACCUACAUGUACAUAGUACUUCAAUCAAUCAAUCACCUAACCAAACCUACAUGUACAUAGUACUUCAAUCAAUCAAUCACCUAACCAAACCUACAUGUACAUAGUACUUCAAUCAAUCACCUAACCAAACCUACAUGUACAUAGUACUUCAAUCAAUCAAUCACCUAACCAAACCUACAUGUACAUAGUACUUCAAUCAAUCAAUCACCUAACCAAACCUACAUGUACAUAGUACUUCAAUCAAUCAAUCAAUCACCUAACCAAACCUACAUGUACAUAGUACUUCAAUCAAUCACCUAACCAAACCUACAUGUACAUAGUACUUCAAUCAAUCAAUCACCUAACCAAACCUACAUGUACAUAGUACUUCAAUCAAUCAAUCACCUAACCAAACCUACAUGUACAUAGUACUUCAAUCAAUCAAUCACCUAACCAAACCUACAUGUACAUAGUACUUCAAUCACCUAACCAAACCUACAUGUACAUAGUAUUUCAAUCACCUAACCAAACCUACAUGUACAUAGUACUUCAAUCACCUAACCAAACCUACAUGUACAUAGUACUUAAAUCAAUCAAUCACCUAACCAAACCUACAUGUACAUAGUACUUCAAUCAAUCACCUAAUCAAACCUACAUAGUACUUCAAUCAAUCAAUCACCAAACCAAACCUACAUGUACUUAGUACUUCAAUCAAUCAAUCACCUAACCAAACCUACAUGUACAUUUUACCUCAAUAAAUCACCCCAACUACCACGUACCCCAGUGCACUGACACAGUACUGGUACUCCUUGUGUGUGUGUAUAUAUAGCCUCGUUAUUGUGUUACUACUUUAUUUUUAUCCAUUAGCAAAUUUUCUUACUUUUUAACUGCAUUGUUGGGAAAGGGCUCAUAUAUAAUCAUUUCACAGUAAAGUCUACACUUGUUGUAUUCGGCGCAUGCACGCAAAUUAGAUUUGAUUAUCUCUGCAUUGCUGGUGGAAGGAAGCCAGCCUCUUGAAUAGGCCAGGCAGAUGUCCCAUAUGGGCUAUUAUUAUGAGCUAACAUGCCUGUGUGCUGUAGCAGCAACCUGGGAUUCUCUUGUGGUUGUCUUGUCUUUGGGAUGCUUCCAACUUCCCAGGUUCCCUGAUGUUAUGAGGCCAUAUAUUACAUGAUAACAUCCCUCAUGUUUUAAAUGUCUGUGCUUUACUGUAGCACAGAAAUAUAAUUCUUAGAACAGACUUUUCCAUUUAAGUGAUGGUGGACCGCCACAAUUCUAUUUCUCAUUCUCUAUUUGUCAUUGUGUUUUGUUUUAGGGUUGCUUUCCCAAAUUCCAGAAUGUCUCUGUUUCAAGUGUGUCUUGUACAGUAAAUACCUGGGGUUCUUUCUCACUGUUAGGUUUUGUUUUCUGGUUCCAGGUUCCUAGUAACACGCUCCCUGUCCCUGGUCAAGAUGUCGGGUCACACUCCGUCCAUAACGAGGCUGGAACAGCGGGCAGCCGAGGCCGAUCACAUCAUAGACUACCUCAAACAGCAGGUCCAGCUGCUCAAGGAGAAAGCCAGUAAGAGACGCCGAAAGCACGCACACACACACACACACACACACACACACAAAGACACAUGCAAACAUAGAGAUGCAUGCGCACACUCAAUCUCAAGCAGAGUAUGGGGUCAAAUGUAUUCCUCAAGCAUUCUCAAAUGGUUGAAAUUCUUUCUAAAAAAGCCUUUAAUUGAAUGAGUUUGACCUCAACUCUACAUGAGUGCACAUUCUCAGGGUGAAGUAGCCUAGCUGGAGAACCGGUUUAAAGCCAAAGUUGGGGAGGGAAAGAGGCUGUAGGAUAAAACUAGAUGAUGCAUGUUAGUCCCUAUAAAAGUCUGAUAGGAGCUUGUCUGUCUGAACAUAGAGGUGCAAGCCACCGUCAGAGAAGAGAAGAAACUGAUGGUGGAGAACACCAAGUUGAAGAGGGACAUCGAGCAACUGAAGCAAACACUGCUGGAGAAGGAGAAGAACAGAGGAGGUACGUAGUUUGUUGGUGACAGUGUUCCAUCUCUGUCACAUCCUGUUUAACUUCUGCUAAGACCUCCUCGGAGAUGAAAUACUGACGUUGUUCAGACUGCGAUUGAGAAUAACUGUCUUUUUCCUGAGGGGAACUUCAUUCUUCAAAGAACAGACGCCAUUCCUUUGGUACGGCCUUGAUGUUGUCAACCACAUAGCUAUAGCAAGCUGUAGGGUAAAGUUCUCACACUUGAGUCGUUGAUGGCGUCUGAGGCAACUCAUUAGCGACACAUUGUUUGUUUUGCUGUAUUAGUAACAGUCCUAGAUCUUAAUAAAAUGCCUUUCUCGUCUCAUUCUAAUAUUACAACCAGACCUUUUUUAACUAUCAAAGUUCAAACAAAUAAUUGAACUCAAGUGCCCAAGCAUGCCCAUCAUUAGCGCCACUAGGCAACCCCCAACUGCCAAAGUCAAACGGCAUGCCGUCUGCGUGACUGGCGGCGUGCUACAACCCUGUUGUUAUAUCGCGCCUCUGUCAUGCAUUAACAUACAAGGGCAAACAGUCUCUGUGAUCAUUAACACGUCAAUAAUGGCUUCCAGAGAGGAGAACCAGGUGGUAAAAAACCAGAGGAUUAGUAUGAAUAGGUAAUGUAGCCCUCAUCAAAAGGCUAUCCUCUCUACAUGUUAUUUUUGGAGCGUUCGGGAAUGUGUGCGAAAAGGACGGCAGGAUUAUGUUUUAGGUUUUUCCACGUAUCCAAUUCCGAUGUUUAUUUUUGGUAUGUGUUUCAAUGGGGCUUUGUGACACUGUUAAAAAAAAGUUCAAUCACAGUACAGAUAAAGUGUGGAGCUUUUUUGAGGGAUAUUUCAGUCGGGCCUCAUCCGUUUGUUAUGGAGAUGACUAACUGAAGUAAAGUGAAGACCUUCAGGGAUACUGUCUGGGCAUUUUGAGCAACAGAGAACAACAGCAGGAGAAACAACAGCAUUUAAAAGGUUCAUCGCCAUGUUGUUUUAAAGGUAAACCUUUGGAGUUCUGAACCUCCGCUCUCAACAUAGAAUUAAAAUGUGGGUAAAGUAUGACUUUACGUCCAAACUUAAACCUGAAAUGACUUUUAAAACUAUAUUUCCUUGUUUUCAUGGACACUGUCAUUUUCCCAUGAAAACAAGCUUCAGGAGGCUGGUCUUUCCUCCCAUUGGGUCUAUAAAUAAGGUUUUCUCUAUCAUUAUGCAACAUUAUGUUGCUGAAACUAAUUAGGCAAAGUACAUCUCAAUGAAUAGCCAUCAUAUCCAACGAUCCCUCGCCGUCAUUCUCAAUUCAAAGUUCCAUCUGUCAGGUUAGAUGGCUUUGUUAUUCCCCUUUGUUAUUCCCCACUGUCGGACCCACCCAAGACGUACUGCGCUGGUUGGGAUAUUUUAUUUUUCACAUUGUUCUUUCCUGAACGAUUCCAGCAACUGUGGUGGAUGCAUAGCCAGGCCAGCUCAGUACAGCUUGGCUCGGCUCGGCUCUGUAGUGUGAAAAGGGUAUUAGUGCCAGGUCGCAGUUGUAAAUGAGAACCUGUUCUCAACUGGCUUACCUGGUUAAAUAAAGGUGAAAUAAAAAAAUAAAAAAUAAUAAAGUGCCUCUGGGUUCAAAAGCAAAAUAGCCAACCUGAAGAUACAAGGUUUUCAAAUAUAUUGUGUAUUGGAACUUGGUGCAGUAUCAUACAGCCUAUCUGAACGGUACUGCAGAGGAGCGUUCAACUCCAGUUCUGCUGAUUUCUAUCCAUCUCUUAUAGUCAGCCUCUGAUCUCCACCUUACAAACCAGUUCUCCUGGAUUCUAAUCAGUAGCAUCAAUAGCAGGGAUCAAAUAAAACCAGCAGUACUGCUGUAACUGGAGUUGAAUAUCCUCACUCAUGGCUCAGUGGGUUAGUUAGAGCAUGGUGCUGGCAACACCAGGGUUCUGGGUUCAAUUCCCACAUGGGCCAGAUAUACUUAAUUCAUGUGUCACUGUCAACUUUAAGGCGACAUUCUAAUAUCCGUACUAGCAUACCACUUAGCAUGUGUCCAAUGCAUUGUAUGCUGGUGUGGUUAUUAGAACAGAGCUUAAGGGCUCUAUUAAAUCUGCGUCGUGGAAAUUCAGCUUUACAGCGUGAUUGAAAUUUAAAGGAAAGGUUCCUGUUUUAGCGGAGACUACAUUCGUGGUAAACGCUGCUUAUGUCGGCUCAAUCGGAAAUGACCUUUACAUUUCUAUCGCGAAAUCUGUAACGCUUCAUCUUUAUAGAUUGAUCAGGUCUCUUUGGAUAGAAGUGUUAAAUGAAUCUUCUCUCUGUUUUUCCCACUGCAGUGAGGGAGGUGUCCAUGCCAACUGCAGGAGACUCGAGUGUCCAGUGUGCCUCCAAGCCCACACCUCCUCAGCCCUCAUCCCCAGCAAGGUCCUCCACCUCCACUGCCGACCCCUCUCCCAAAAACAGCGAGGCCAAGAAGAAGAAACCAGAGAAAAAGGGUAAAGUGAAGAAAGAAGUGACUUGUUGUUGAAGUUGCAGGGCCCUUCCACAUCUGUGAUUCACACACUCAUAAUCGUCAAAACCCCUCAACGUUCCACCACCACUAAAGGCCCGGGGGUCUUAAAAUAUGCCAUUUCAUUUUUCGUUUCGUCAGCAAAAUCGAAGUAGGCCUGAGCGCCUCUUCAGCGACAAUUUGAGUUUUAAGUGCUCCAUGAUUUUGCUUUGGGAUGUACUUCUCUGAAAUUGCUUUCCAUUUGGAACACGAGCACUUGUCUAAGAUCCAGCGUUUCCAUCAAUGCUUGGCUGGAUACAGCGGUCCGUCUGUACUUUAAUGGCCAUUUGUGAUUUCCCAGGCAGGUAUUCUCCAUCUGAAUCUCUAAUAUCUGGCGAUGAUGGAUGAAAGGCGCAAGGGGAAUCUGCAUAUAUAGGGGAUCCGUUUCAAACUUUGGCCUAACGUUUCAGUUUCCAACAUUAGACAGGCUUUUUCCCGAAACAAAUUCACUUUCUCCGAAACCUUUCGGUGAUUUAUCUUGAAGUAGAUGUUUAACCUUGAUUGCUUUAAUUUUAAAAAAUGAAAACAUUUACUUGUUUCGGUGAUGAGAGAAGAGUCUUAGCAGAAGUGUCAACGCGUAAUGAGAGACAGGCAGAAUUCCGGUUUGGAUGUUUAUGUUGUGUCGACGCCAUUCAUCUUGAGGCUUUGCACAACCUCCCCAGAGCUAAACCAGAGAUGCUCUAAUGCAGUGUAAUAUAACAUGCUGUUCAUUUCCUCAGUGUCAAAUUAUAUCUAAAAACUCGUAUUCCAGCGAAACUAUUGAAAUUCAGCGGUGUAGGGUUGUAUUCUUUUGAACUUUUUUUUGUUUAUUAUUAAAAUUAUAUUCGAUAUACAAUAAAUCAGUCAAAGCCUCGUUCCACUCAGACGUCAAACCCAUCUGGACUAAUUAACUUCCACGGCAACAAAUUGGGAAUAAUCUUCCCCAGAUUAUUUACAAGGUUAUAAUUCAGAGAAGAUGAGGAAGAGAAUGCUUUGCGACGUAGAACUGAACCAGUUUGUAUCUGACUUUUCUGACAGCCAGAUGUCAAUGGAAAACGGAGAGCAGUAAAUAUCUGAUACUGUUUGGGUUUUUAUCGCCGCUGUUGACGAUUUGCUUUGUUUUAGUACGUGUGGAUAUCCUCGUUUCCACAUAAAGGCUUUGAUGUGACUGUGUUCCCACCUCAUCUAAACAAUCAUCGCCUGGCAAUCAAAUAAAUCAGCCGGCCCAUGGUGUGGUACACUGCUGCUCAGGGGCCAGGGCGGAUGACGUCACACAUCCAAUACACUGUUUCGUAACAGUGCAGAUGUUGACAGGGGCGUUAAGUAGGUAGCCCAGAGGUUAGAGAGGCGGACCAGUAGGUUGCUGGUUCGAAUCCUGGGCUGGCAAUAUGGGAGAUGAGCUGGCAACUGGAAGGUUCUCACCAUCUAGAAAAAAAGGAGACGAGACUAGGAGACGAGACUAGGAGACGAGACCACUUUAUACUAUCCACUGCAUAUCAUUGGAAGCGUCUGGCACACUACAGCACCCUUGUAUCCGUGCAAAGCCUGUCUGGGCCUAUGUUUUAACAGUGGGUAUUGAUAUUGGUAUUUACUUUAAGUCUCCUCAGAAGUCUGUUGAGUUGUGGAAAAGUAAAUGUACUAUUUUUGAAAGCCUGCGGUGAUCACAGUAAAAAAUGCCACGCUGGGGCUCCAGAGUCGCCGGGCAGAUUUGUUUUCACUUUGGGGUAAAUUGGAUCAGAACAGUCAAGAUGGCUGAAUCACUCAGCAUAGUUUCCAGACAGACUAGGUUCAAAUGGGUCCUAAUGAGUCUCCAGGGAACACUACCAUAGCAGUGGGCUGAACAUAAUCUCAAAUAAGCCUUGCAUUAGAUGCCUGGAGACAAUAUAUUCUCUGGUGGACCUUUAAUGUAAUAAAGGCAGGGAGUCAGUAUGCCAUCCCUGAACUCAGUCCAGGAUACUAUACCUGCUGUGGCAGAGCCUGUAUUGUAGUCCCGUGUAGCUCAGUUGGUAGAGAAUGGUACUUGCAAUGCCAGGGUUGUGGGUUCGUUUCCCACGGGGGGCCAGUAUGAAGAAAAAAAAUGUAUGCACUCACUAACUGUAAGUCGCUCUGGAUAAGAGCAUCUGCUAAAAUGUAAAUGUGUUAAGUAAUAUAUAUACCAUUAAACAGACGCCUUUAUCCAAAGAGACUUAGUCAUGCUUGCAUACAUAUUACGUAUUGGGUGGCCCCGGGAAUCAAACCCACUAUCCUGGCGUUGCAAGCACCAUGCUCUACCAACUGAGCUACAGAGGACCACAGCUUUGUCAAGUCAGGCAGCAAACUCACUCUUAUCCUAAAUGACUUAACUGCAAGUUUGUAUUGGGUGGGUGUGUGACUCUGUCUGUCUCUCUGUGUGUGUGGUCUCUGUACUCCUGGUUUAACCCUUUCCUCUCUGUGUGUGUGGUCUCUGUGUGGUUUUAACCCUUCCUCUCUGUGUGUGUGGUCUCUGUUCCGCUGGUUUAACCCUUCCUCUCUGUGUGUGUGGUCUCUGUUCCGCUGGUUUAACCCUUCCUCUCUGUGUGUGUGGUCUCUGUGCUGGUUUAACCCUUCCUCUCUGUGUGUGUGGUCUCUGUGUGGUUUAACCCUUCCUCUCUGUGUGUGUGGGUCUCUGUGCUGGUUUAACCCUUUCCUCUCUGUGUGUGUGGUCUCUGUUCCGCUGGUUUAACCCUUCCUCUCUGUGUGUGUGGUCUCUGUGCUGGUUUAACCCUUUCCUCUCUGUGUGUGUGGUCUCUGUUCCGCUGGUUUAACCCCUUCCUCUCUGUGUGUGUGGUCUCUGUGCUGGUUUAACCCUUCCUCUCUGUGUGUGUGGUCUCUGUUCCGUGGUUUUAACCCUUCAUAUCUGUGGUUGUGUGGUCUCUGUGGCUGGUUUAACCCUUUCCUCUCUGUGUGUGUGGUCUCUGUCCGCUGGUUUAACCUUCCUCUCUGUGGGUGGCUCUCUUUUGCGUUUAACCCCUUCCUCUCUGUGUGUGUGGUCUCUGUGCUGGUUUAACCCUUUCCUCUCUGUGUGUGUGGUCUCUGUGCUGGUUUAACCCCUUCCUCUCUGUGUGUGUGGUCUCUGUGCUGGUUUAACCCUUUCCUCUCUGUGUGUCCUAUCACAGAGAAGGGAGAGAAGAAGCCCGCGGCCCCCCAGGAGGAGGCUAAGGUGGACGUGUCGCGUCUGGACAUGAGGGUGGGACGCAUCGUCACGGCCGAGAAGCACCCGGACGCCGACUCACUCUACGUGGAGCAGGUGGACGUGGGGGAGGCCGCCCCCAGGACGGUGGUCAGCGGGCUGGUCAAGCACAUACCCAUAGAUCAGGUACUGGAAUGCACAGCCUAGUAAUAACACAGCCUAGUACGAACACAGCCUAACACCGGCUACAGGCCAACCAAAUGUCAGAUCAGCUCUGAAAAAUCAGAUCAGCUCUGAAUAAGAUCUGAUGUGAAAAGAUCUGAUCUGAUUGGUCAAAGGACCAAUUAGUGGAAAAAAAGAUCAGAAUUGGGCUGCCUGUCUAAAUGCAGCCAAAGAGCCUCAUCAUGUCAAGUAUUCACGCAAGGCCUGUGUCAGUCAGAUACAACAUCGGGUAGUUACCAGACAACUCAUCGGGUAGUUACCAGACAACUCAUCGGGUAGUUACCAGACAACUCAUCGGGUAGUUACCAGACAACUCAUCGGGUAGUUACCAGACAACUCAUCGGUAGUUACCAGACAACUCAUCGGGUAGUUACCAGACAACUCAUCGGGUAGUUACCAGACAACUCAUCGGGUAGUUACCAGACAAUAUCGGGUAGUUACAGACAACUCAUCGGGUAGUUACCAGACAACUCAUCGGGUAGUUACCAGACAACUCAUAGGGUAGUUACCAGACAACUCAUCGGGUAGUUACCAGACAACUCAUGGGUAGUUACCAGACAAAUCAUCGGGUAGUUACCAGACAACUCAUCGGGUAGUACCAGGACAACUCAUCGGGUAGUUACCAGACAACUCAUCGGGUAGUUACCAGACAACUCAUCGGGUAGUUACCAGACAACUCAUCGGGUAGUUACCAGACAACUCAUCGGGUAGUUACCAGACAACUCAUCGGGUAGUUACCAGACAACUCAUCGGGUAGUUACCAGACAACUCAUCGGGUAGUUACCAGACAACUCAUCGGGUAGUUACCAGACAACUCAUCGGGUAGUUACCAGACAACUCAUCGGGUAGUUACCAGACAACUCAUCGGGUAGUUACCAGACAAAUGCCCUUUUGGAACGUUUUAUGUGUCUGGAACACAGUCUGCCCACAGACAAUACAAAGGAAGACUGUUACUGAACUAAACAGGUAGUGGGAGCUUAGCGGUCAUUCAGGAGACUUGGGCAGGCAGACCUAGUACACUACAAAGCUCUCUACAUGCUUUUGGUAGUCAAAUAACAUUGGUUUUAAAGAUUGCUGUUAUAACACUGCUAAUAAUUUUUUUUGCCUUAUUUUCAAUAGAACAAAUUCAGCUGUUUUUGUUGUACACACGGGUGCUAUAAUUCUGGCUAGCCAGGGUCAUGUUCUGGGUUUAAUAGCCCAUGUAAAGUGACUACACCGGUGUAGUCUGUGUCUGGGGUUCACGUGACGCUUUUUAAUGUCUACGACGUAGGUUUCUGCACACACAGACUUGGUUUUCAUUUAGUUAUUGCCCCGGAAUUUACGAUUUGUCUCCGAGACGCAAAAGUAAUUUGUAUGCAGUCUUAUUCACCUAGCAAAAGUCCCCAGUUUCUCUGUGCAAUCAAAACGCUCUUCUCGGUUUGCCUCUUUUGAUUCAUCUCCAAAGCAUGGGGAGCCUUUGUACAUCCUACUUUAUAUAGACAAUGUAUAUUCCCUAUAAAUGAAAGCAUAUGCUCGUUGGAGUCUUUGUACCCAAACACAGUCGGAGUCAAAAUAUAUCUAUGGUUCUAUGAGAAGACUAAUUGGGAAUUACAUUUUUCAUUAGAUUUUUAUAUAAAUGUAUUGAAAUACUUGUAGUUACGUAGCUAUUGGCUACAUUACUAAGCUAGGGCCUACAUUUGUUUGACAAUUCUUUUUAUUGCAUCUUAAUGUACGUUCUGUAGUGGCUGAAUUGUGAAGUGUUUCUUCACCACCGAAAUAACCUUUUUCACAGAGACAUUUGUCAUAAGCCAUAGUCAAUUACACAGACUCAAAGACAAUCCAAGCACACGUCACUGUAAUGACUAGAUUUUGUUUUGUCAUUUAAAGAGAGAAUGCCUUCAUCCUUCACACCAGGGCUAGACAAUCAGCCUUCUUCCUUCAUACCAGGGCUAGACAAUCAGCCUUCUUCCUUCAUACCAGGGCUAGACAAUCAGCCUUCUUCCUUCACACCAGGGCUAGACAAUCAGCCUUCUUCCUUCACACCAGGGCUAGACGAUCAGCCUUCUUCCUUCACACCAGGGCUAGACAAGCAGCCUUCUUCCUUCCACACCAGGGCUAGACGAGCAGCCUUCUUCCUUCCACACCAGGGCUAGAUGAGCAGCCUUCUUCCUUCCACACCAGGGCUAGACGAGCAGCCUUCUUCCUUCCACACCAGGGCUAGACGAGCAGCCUUCUUCCUUCCACACCAGGGCUAGACGAGCAGCCUUCUUCCUUCCACACCAGGGCUAGAUGAGCAGCCUUCUUCCUUCCACACCAGGGCUAGAUGAGCAGCCUUCUUCCUUCCACACCAGGGCUAGACAAUAAUUAUUUGGACAAGAAGAAACCACAGUUUUCCUUUCUCGUCAAGUCAUUCAUUGUGUCAGAGUCAACAUGGCGACGGCCCGUGCAUACAAGACAUUGAGCCUUCCCUGUUUCAAGGAACAUACUGGAGUUUGAAGAACGACAUGAGGAAUAAAAAGCCAAACCCUUUCAUUGGCAGCAAUAUAGAGGGCCCAUUGCAGCAUGUUGACUUGAGUGCCCUGGCAUGUUUGUCCUUUGUACGUUGGCCGGAAUAAGGAAACUUUGGAAACCCAAAUCCUAGCGUGUUUGGAUUGUGUUCAGUUGUAACCCUCAACAUUAAAGUGAUUUCAGGCCUCAUUGCCAUUACAUGAAAUUGAAUGUCAACCCCACACACAUACACACACACACACAACUUGACUUCUGUAGUCCGCACAUCUGACCGAUUACUUAACUGACAAGACGUCACACACCCAACACACACACACACACACCCUUUCCCCGUUAAGCAAAUGGCGCUUGAGUAAGAAAAGCUGCCGCAAGAAGGCUGUCAAAACAAUAUGUCACACUAACGGGAAUGUAUGCAGAUUUAUGUAAACAUUGAACUUUUUUAAAGGAUGUUUCCAAAGUGAAGACAUCAUUAUUUUCCUAGUUGUGACACGCACUAUGACUUUGUACACUGGAUCCUCGCCGUCCUCUUCUCUUUUGAUGGAAAUGGCUUCUGGCCUUCUCAGAGUUUUGGUCAACCUCUGAGGUCACUCCAGAGACAUGAAAGAAUAAUGUUUUUUUCUCUCGCUCUCCUUGGUUUAUGAAAUAAGGCACACCAUACACACAAGCCAUAUGCCGCCAGAGGCAGUCAUUUUACAUGACAAGAUUGGACAUGGUAGAAUUGUGUGAAUAUGAUUCUGAAAACCUCAGUACUGCAAAGCGGUCGAGAGUGGAGACCACACAAGUUGGUGUUUUCUUUUCUCCAUUUUAUCAAUCAAUCAACCAAUCAAUCAAGUCAUAAAGUAGGCCAUUCAUUCUGAAGACAGCAGUGUAACCCUGUGUGGUUUGUACAGAAUCAGAGUAGUGCUCCCUACUCUCUCUACUAGUAAAAUAUGUAUUCUUUAUUUUAAUACCUUUUUCCUACAAAAGAAGGUUGAAGAUAUAUGUAUUUAAUAUCUCUGUAUCUCAGUAUAGUUUUAAACCUUUGCCCUGUUUCAUCGCCCUCCAGAUGCAGAAUCGCAUGGCGGUGCUGCUGUGCAACCUGAAGCCAGCUAAGAUGAGAGGCGUGCUGUCCCAGGCCAUGGUGAUGUGUGCCAGCUCCCCAGACAAGGUGGAGAUUCUAGACCCUCCCAGCGGUGCCGUGCCCGGAGACAGAGUCAUCUUCCAGGGCUUCCCAGGUACCGUAACACCGCUGACCAUCUGGGCAUGUAUCCACAGAGUCUGAGUAGGAGUGCUGAUCUAGGAUCAGUUUGCCUUUUAGAUAAUAAUGAAUAAGAUUGUAUGGACAGAUCCUAGAUCAGGACUCUUACUCUGAGAGGCUUUGUGGAUAUGCGCCCUGACCUCUAGGGUCUACUUCACCAUUAGCCUGGUUAAACCAGACUGAAUGCUGCACUCAAUGGGGAUCACAGUGUUCAGUAUGGUUUAUCCAGGCUACUUCUAUACCCUCUACAGCUCAACCUGCUUGUGACUAAGCUAGUAAGCUGUGAAAGUAACCAGGAAGUGACUGCCCCCACAGCCUUUUUGUAGUUAUCUUUUAUGAUCUUCAAUGCGCAAAAACGUAGCGCAAUGGUCUUCAAGCACAAAAACGUCAUAAAGGGCAUCUGGUAGAAGUACAUUCGUCCACAAACCCGUAUUUUAUAUCUAUCUUAAAUGAUUGCGUUUUCAUGAAUUUGAUGAUAAAAUCGCAAAGCCAAUUCAAAAAAGCAUGGGAAACGAAACGAAAGUAAAGCGGAAGUAGCCGUCACUUUCACAGGGUAUUCUAACCUCGAUAACACUUCACAUAUAUCUUUAUAAAGGGGGGUUGUCAAGGGUUUAUACACUGAACAAAAAUAUAAAUGCAACGUGUAAAGUGUUGGUUUCAGGAGCUGAAAUAAAAGAUCCCAGAAAUGUUCCAUACGCACAAAAAGCUUAUUUCUCUCCAAUUUUGUGCACAAAUUUGUUUACAUCCCUGUUAGUGAGCAUUUCUCCUUUGCCAAGAUAAUCCAUCCACCUGACAGGUGUGGCAUAUCAAGAAGCUGAUUAAACAGCAUGAUCAUUACACAGGUACACCUUGUGCUAGGGACAAUAAAUGGCCACUUUAAAAUGUGCAGUUUUGUCACACAACACAAUGCCACAGAUGUCUCAAGUUUUGAGGGAGCGUGCAAUUGGCAUGCUGACUGCAGGAAUGUCCACUAGAGCUGUUGCCAGAUAAUUGAAUGUUCAUUUCUCUACCAUAAGCCGCCUCCAACGUCAUUUUAGAGUACUUGGCAGUACGUCCAACCGGCCUCACAACCGCAGACCAGGUGUAACCACGCCAGCCCAGGACCUCCACAUCUUGCUUCUUCACCUGCGGGAUCGUCUGAGACCAGCCACCCGGACAGCUGAUGAACUGAGGAGUAUUUCUGUCUGUAAUAAAGCCCUUUUGUGGGGAAAAACUCAUUCUGAUUGGCAAACGUGGAUCUUGAAUCUAAUGGCGGUAGAAUAGUGGAAGACUGGACUAUUGUCCAAAGGAAUGGAAAAAGGAGCAAGGUUAUUUUGGAAAACAAAAUGUUGAGUUCUGAUAAUGUGCCCUCUUAAAUGGUAGGAGUACGGUUUGUAGAAGAGGAGCGGAUGACCCAAAUACCAAACUUGAAUCCGUUUGAGAUAUCUAAACUGGUGGAAAAAAGUAUUCGGCAGUGGUGUAAAGGAGUUAAGUAAAAAUACUUUAAAAGUAUUUAAAGCAUUUAGGUCGUUUUUUGGGGUAUCAGUACUUGGCUUUACUAUUUAUAAUUUUGACAAUAUUUACUUUUACUUCACAACAUUCCUAAAGAAAAUAAUGCACUUUUUAUUCCAUACAUUUUCCCUGACAUCCCAAAAGUACUCUUUACAUUUUGGGUGGGCCUGGCUCCCAAGUGGCUGCGCCCCUACCCAGUCAUGUGAAAUCCAUAAUUAGGGCCUAAUGGAUUUAUUUCAAUUGAUUGAUGACCUUAUAUGAACUGGAACUCAGGUAAAAUUGUUGAAAUUGUUGCAUGGUACGUUUUAUAUUUUUGUUCAGUAUAAGUAGUUUGUAGACCAUUUAUUGAUUAGUUCAUCUAGUUGGUUCAAAUCCUGGCCAUAUCAUGUGGGUAACUGAAUUAAAUGUGGUAAAAUAGUUGAAGGCUUGAUGUUUGCCAUUCCACUGGCUACACUUUAAAGUAGGAUACAAUGAGUCUGGUACAAUGACGGAACACUGCAUUCAUUUUAGCUGCAUCUGGUGGAAUGGGACACAGGGUCUGCAUCCCAAAACAUUGCACUUAGGCAAAUGUAGUGCACUAUGUAGGGAAUAGGGUGCCAUUUGGGACACAUCCAGGGAUUCCUUCUGUAAACUCAAGUCAUGAAUUAUUUAUGACCAAAAAGCCACUUCAGAUGACCCAACACUAAAGAACAUCAAUAGAUUCCAACCAAGGGGAAAAGGACUGAAUGCAUUGCCCUGAACAAAAGAACAGGGUUUCCUUAUUGCCUUUACAUCGGUAGGUGAAAUGAAGCGUGAACAACCAACUGUCCUCUUGCCAAGGGCAACAAAGGCUUUUAUUUUCAUUUCUUUGAAGAGAGGAAUCACAAAGCCUUCUCAAGACCUCACAGAGUUUUCCUAUUGCAGCGCUCGCUCCUCUGUUCUCUUUAGUGAUGGGCGCUAAAUGGCCUGUGACUGUUAACAGAAUAGACAAACUAAUCAACUCCCUCUGACAAGAAGUGUAAGUCCAGUCCUCUUUUCCCACAAUCAAGCGUAGGGAGGUUAGGAGAUGGGAGAGUUUGAAAGGCCCCAAAUAAUUCUUUGUAGCUGUCUAUUUACCACCACAAACCGAUGCUGGUACUAAGACCGCACUCAAUGAACUGUAUACAGCAAUAAGCAAACAGGAAAACGCUCAUCCAGAGGCGGCACUCCUAGUGGCCGGGGACUUUAAUGCUAAUAUAACAAUAAUUGGCAAAUCUGACCAUAAUUCUAUCCUCCUGAUUCCUGCUUACAAGCAAAAACUAAAGCAGGAAGCACCAGUGACUCGGUCAAUAAAAAAGUGGUCAGAUGAAGCAGAUGCUAAGCUACAGGACUGUUUUGCUAGCACAGACUGAAAUAUGUUCCGGGAUUCUUCCAAUGGCAUUGAGGAGUACACCAUAUCAGUCACUGGCUUCAUCAAUAAGUGCAUCAAUGACGUCGUCCCCACAGUGACUGUACGUACAUACCCCAACCAGAAGCCAUGGAUUACAGGCAAUAUCCGCACUGAGCUAAAGGGUAGAGCUGCCGCUUUCAAGGAGAGGGACUCUAACCCGGAAGCUUAUAAGAAAUCUUGCUAUGCCCUCCGACGAACCAUCAAACAGGCAAAGCGUCAAUACAGGACUAAGAUAGAAUCGCACUACACCGGCUCGUCUACACAUCCGACGCUCGUCGGAUGUGGCAGGGCUUGCAAACUAUUACAGACUACAAAGGGAAGCACAGCCGCGAGCUGCCCAGUGACAAGAGCCUACCAGACGAGCUAAAUUACUUCUAUGGUCGCUUCGAGGCAAGUAACACUGAAACAUGCAUGAGAGCAUCAGCUGUUCCGGACGACUGUGUGAUCACGCUCUCCGUAGCCGAUGUGAGUAAGACCUUUAAACAGGUCAACAUUCACAAGGCCGCAGGGCCAGACGGAUUACCAGGACGUGUACUCCGAGCAUGCACUGACCAACUGGCAAGUUUCUUCACUGACAUUUUCAACCUCUCCCUGUCUGAGUCUCUAAUACCAACAUGUUUCAAGCAGACCACCAUAGUCCCUGUGCCCAAGAACACUAAGGUAACCUGCCUAAAUGACUACCGACCCGUAGCACUCACGUCUGUAGCCAUGAAGUGCUUUGAAAGGCUGGACAUGGCUCACAUCAUCACCAUUAUCCCAGAAACCCUAGACCCACUCCAAUUUCCAUACCGCCCCAACAGAUCCACAGAUGAUGCAAUCUCUAUUGCGCUCCACACUGCCCUUUCAAACCUGGACAAAAGGAACACCUAUGUGAGAAUGCUAUUCAUUGACUACAGCUCAGCAUUCAACACCAUAAUGCCCUCAAAGCUCAUCACUAAGCUAAGGACCCUGGGACUAAACACCUCCCUCUACAACUGGAUCCUAGACUUCCUGACGGGCUGCCCCAGGUGGUAAGGGUAGGUAACAACACAUCCGCCACGCUGAUCCUCAACACGGGGGCCCCUCAGGGGUGCGUGCUCAGUCCCCUCCUGUACUCCCUGUUCACUCAUGACUGCAUCGCCAGGCACGACUCCAACACCAUCAUUAAGUUUGCAGAUGACACAUCAGUGGUAGGCCUGAUCACCGACAACGACGAGACAGCCUAUAGGGAGGAGGUCAGAGACCUGGCCGUGUGGUGCCAGGACAAAAACCUCUCCCUCAAUGUGAUCAAGACAAAGGAGAUGAUUGUGGACUACAGGAAAAAGAAGAGGACCGAGCACGCCCCCAUUCUCAUCGACGGGGCUGUAGUGGAGCAGGUUGAGAGCUUCAAGUUCCUUGGUGUCCACAUCACCAACAAACUAACAUGGUCCAAGCACACCAAGACAGUCACGACAAAACCUAUUCCCCCUAAGGAGACAGAAAAGAUUUGGCAUGGGUCCUCAGAUCCUCAGAAGGUUCUACAGCUGCAUCGAGAGCAUCCUGACUGGUUGCAUCACUGCCUGGUAUGGCAUCUGCUCAGCCUCCGACCGCAAGGCACCUCAGAGGGUAGUGCGUACGGCCCAGUACAUCACUGGGGCCAAGCUUCCUGCCAUCCAGGACCUCUAUACCAGGCGGUGUCAGAGGAAGGCCCUAAAAAUUGUCAAAAUUGUGAUUUGAAAUGCCUUGUUCAAAGGACUGGUUUGAUUCAGAUGUAGAGAAUUAGAACUCUUUAUACCAAAUCAUCCAACGGAACACAACCUAUGGAAUUUAUAGUCUUUAACAGAGUGACUAUACACUAUCCCAGUGCCUUUUAACCAUACUCCAUGUUCAAUGUCAUGCCUGGGAAAUGCACAGAAACCCAAACUAGAGGAAUGCCUGCCUGAACGUCAUAAAAUGUUCAACCUCAUGCCUCGCCCGACGUUGAAGGGGGAAACCCAUCACCACCACCAUCAAUAUGACUGAUUUUAGAGUUGUUCUUGUCAGGAGUUAAUUUAAAAAUAUGGUGGUUGGGCUGGCAAAACAAAAUGUUUUGGGGGGGAGGAGGAGAGGAGUUGUGAGUCAUGCGGUUGUUUGUAGGGAACAAUAACUGAACUGGGAGUUUCCCUGAGAUAGAGAAGGAGAGAGAGGCUGUGGAGAUAGAAAGGGAGGAUUGGGAAACAUGACGAGGGAGUGUCCAUCACACAGACACCCUGUCAGGACUGGAGGCCGCUGACAUCAGCCUGGGCCAUCCUUUCAUCUCCUCCUCCUUUCUCUUCUCCUUCCCCCUCCUCUCCCCUCUCCUCAUAGCCGCCUUUCCUCAAGCUGUUUGUUUUAACCAUCUGGGCCUGUAUCCACAGUCUGAAUAGGAGUGCCUUUAAAGAUAAUAAUGAAUAAGAGUGUAUGGACAGAUCCUAGAUCAGCACUCCUUCUCUGAGACGCUUGGUGGAUAUGCGCCCUGACCUCUAGGGUCUACUUCACCAUUAGCCUGGUUAAACCAGACUGAAUGCUGCACUCAAUGGGAUCACAGUGUUCAGUAUGGUUUAUCCAGGCUACUUCUAUACCCUCUACAGCUCAACCUGCUUGUGACUAAGCUAGUACGCUGUGAAAGUAACCAGGAAGUGUCUGCCCCCACAGCCUUGUAGCUUUUCUUUUCUGUUUUAUGAUCAUCAAUGUGCGAAAACGUAGCGCAAUGGUGUUCAUAAUGGCACUUCCUCAAUGGUGUUCAUAAAGGCACUUCCUCAAUGGUGUUCAUAAUGGCACUUCCUCAAUGGUGUUCAUAAUGGCACUUCCUCAAUGGUGUUCAUAAUGGCACUUCCUCAAGCUGUUUGUUUAACGAGGGUUCCCCUCGGCCAAAACGCCUUAUUUUACGACUCUACCAGUGGCGGCUCCUGAAAAAAUUCUCAGGAGGGGCAAUUUUUCUGAUGAUUUAGGUGACCUACACACGUGCACGAGUCCGUGCACGCGAUUCCAGAUAUCUUUACCUCUGAAUAAACUGCCUUUAUUAUACCAUAUCCACCCUGUCCAAAGUCUCUACUUGGUCUCAGUUCUCCAGUAAACUUGUGAUUAUCAACAGUACACAACGGUAACAAACAAUUGGGGGAACUCACGGGGCAGAUAGUAACCACUUAAAAGGAAGCGAUUCCCAAACCUUCCAUAACAAAGCCAUCACCUACAGAGAGAUGAACUUGGAGAAGAGUCCCCUAAGUAAGCUUGUCCUGGGCCUCUGUUCACAAACACAAACAGACCCCACACAGCCCCAGGACAACAACAACAACAACAACAACAACACAAUUAGACCCAACCAAAUCAUGAGAAAACAAAAAGAGAAUUACUUGACACAUUGGAAAGAACAAACAAAAAAACAGAGCAAACUAGAAUGCUAUUUGGCCCUAAACAGAGAGUACACAGUGGCAGAAUACCUGACCACUGUGACUGACCCAAACUUAAUGAAAGCUUUGACUAUGUACAGACUCAGUGACCAUAGCCUUGCUAUUGAGAAAGGCCGCCGUAGGCAGACCUGGCUCUCAAGAGAAGACAGGCUAUGUGCACACUGCCCACAAAAUGAGGUGGAAACUGAGCUGCACUUCCUAACCUCCUGCCAAAUGUAUGACCAUAUUAGAGACACAUAUUUCCCUCAGAUUACAGCGAUCCACAAAGAAUUCGAAAACAAACCCAAUUUUGAUAAACUCCCUUAUCUACUGGGUGAAAAAACCACAGUGUGCCAUCACAGCUGCAAGAUUUGUGACCUGUUGCCACAAGAAAAGGGCAACCAGUGAAGAACAAACACCAUUGUAAAUACAACCCAUAUUUAUGUUUAUUUAUUUUCCCAUUUGUACUUUAACUAUUUGCACAUUGUAACAACACUGUAUAUAUACAUAAUAUGACAUUUGAAAUGUCUUUAUUCUUUUGAAACUUCUGAGUGUAAUGUUUACUGUUAAUAUUUAUUGUUUAUUUCACUUUUGUUUACUAUCUACUUCCCUUGCUUUGGCAAUGUUAACACACGUUUCCCAUGCCAAUAAAGCCCUUAAAUUGAAUUGAAUUGAUAGUAAGGUCGCAAUGACACAGAAAGCAGUUCAAUGUCGGGGUACAGAGUCGCUCUCUUACCAGGAUCGCGGUCCGCUCUGACCGGGGUGAAGGUGGCCGGCUCCACUUCUCUGUCCGGGACUCAUCCAGCCAAGUCUCCCAGCUGUAUUGGGAUUCAGCUGCCAGCAGCGUUUUCAUUAUUUAGUCCGUUCGUAGCGGGUAUGUACACGAUCAACAAGAUCAGUCCAAAACCAACCACUGGAAAUCCAUGGUUGGCAGAAUGUUUGUAAACUAAGUCUACAAAUUAAAAACAUCUACGCACGUCAAUUAGAGCCACAUUCAGGCUGGCAUCACAGAGAAGGACCACAGGAUGGAAGAGAGGAGAGGAGGAUCAUGGAAGGAUGAGGGGCGGGGUUGCUAAGGCGGUCUCGUCGGUUUCUAGCUGUUCUGUACACAACUCUGGGUCGUUAAACAACACAGCCGCGGCGGUGAUGGCGAACGCUUUUCCAAACAGGAUGUUGUUUACAGUGAGGGAUAAAGGAUGAUGGACUUGGGUUUAGUUUCAUUCCCUCUCUUAUUUUGAUGUCAGCUUUGGUCCCUCAGAAUAAGGCUUCCACAUCAUAGAAUGUCCAACCUCAUGCCUCACCCGACAUUGAAGGGGGAAACCCACCACCACCAUCAAUGUGACUGGGAGAGCGAGGGAGAGAGAGGAGAGAGAGAGAGAGUCCAUCACACAGAUGCCCCGUCAGGACUGGAGCCCGCUGACAUCAGCCUGGGUUCUCCUUUCAUCUCCUCUCCCCUCUCACCGGCCCCUCCUCAAGCUGUUUGUUUAACGAGCGAUCCCACUAGGGCUUUGGCGGUCAUUCAAUUCCCACCGGCCAAAAAAACGUAUUUUACGACUCUACGCACACAGAGAACGACCACGGGAUGGAAGAGAGGAGAGGAGGAUGGAGGGAUGCGGAGGAGGAGAGGGGCGAGGCGGGGUUGCUAAGGCGGUCUCGUCGGUUUCUAGCUAUUCUGUACACACCUCUGGGUCGUUAAAAAACAUAGCCGCGGCGGUGAUGGUGAACGCUUUUCCAAACAGGAUGUUGUUUACAGCGAGGGGUAAAGGAUGAUGAACUUCUAUUUUACUUUUUGACAUUCCCUCGCUCUUAUUUUGAUGUCAGCUUUGGUCCCCCAGGAUUCCAUAUUUUUCUUCAUAUUUUAGGGAGUGCAACCCUACUUUUUAGUGACAUUCCGGUGCUAGCUAGUAGCACCAAGUCAGUCAGUAAGUGAGUCCAGCAUUGGUCUUGGUGUGGAUAGAUGACAGUAAUUACUCACACAUUCACCAGCCCUAAUAAGCACCCGUGUUCCUGUUCAAACUGUAGAGGGUGCCUAAGCUGCCCCAUUACAACUUUCUCCCACCGCUUGUGUGCAACUGAGGAAAAUUAAACAUUUUGUUUUUCUUCACACGUCUUUCAGGAUGUUUGUGAUGAUGAGUAGGAAAAGUUUACACCCCAACAGAAGCACGUUAUGAAUCCAAUGCGGAGAGCCAGUUAUGAAUCCAUACAGAUGCCAAGUAAUAUCUAAACACUGCCAACAACACAAUGCUGAGGUUAUGAAGAACUCCCUAACUCCAUUAGUUGCCGACAAACAUGGAGGUUGUAGACGUUUUGAAUUAGAGCUAAAAGAGUAAUAGCUUCUGUAAAACCUCUGGCUUCGUUUUUUUUUUUUUUAUGUGUCAAAAUCGACACUUACACCAAGGAAGUACUCCCUGCAGCACAAACCAAUCGUCUAUCACAAGGCUACAGAAAAGCAAGCAAGGCAGACAAGGUGUUGCCAUUGGAGUCAUCAUCUACUGGGGUUCCCCCUAGAGGCGUCAUGCCAUCGAAACUAAGGAGGAACGUUCCCCCUCAAUUUUAUUCAUAAAAAUAUACAAGCGAUGCACAAUGAGAUAUUCAAUAUGGCCCCCUCAAAAAAUCUAGUGCAUAACACGAGUGUAUUGCUCCAUACAAGGUAUGUAAGUCAUAACUAUCGGAGCUGUCAUCUAGUUUCUCUCCUAUGUUUCCAGGUGAGCCAGACAAGGAGCUGAACCCCAAGAAGAAGGUGUGGGAGGCGGUGCAGCCGGACCUGGAGACAGACGGCCAGUGUGUGGCCACCUACAAGGGAGCCCCCUUCCAGAUCGCCGGCAAGGGAGUGUGCAAAGCCCAGACCAUGAGCAACAGCUGCAUCAAAUAAAGGAAGACGAAUGCAGAUGACGGAGCCAUAGAACUAGAAUUGUGGGAAUGGGAAAAGUGGGAAUGACCGUUCCAGCCAUUCUAUUUCUAUAGGUGGAACUAGCGAAGGUCCUUGUUCAGCCUGUGGAACUGAUAAAUACUCAUCCAUGACGGUGAUAGUGAUGAUGUCGACGGAGGAAAAGGAAAUGUUUUGAAGAUGUUCAAUAAAAAGGUUAUCAGUUGGUCUUAAAA